GGACACAUCAGAUCCAAGUUCAGGAGGAGUGUCAGAGAUAGAACCCAAAGACUAUGCGUGUGUAGCUGGAACUGGAGGCAUUCUUCUUGGUGUGAUAUCAGAGUGACAUUCCACAAAGCAGCAUGAAGCUGUACAUCAUAGCAGCUGCCUGUCUGGCAGUGGUGAGCUGUGCCAGCAUAUCUCUGGAGGACCUGGAGUUCCAUGCUUGGAAACUCAAGUUUGGCAAGGUCUACCAAACCGUUGAGGAGGAGGCGUAUCGUAAAGACAUCUGGCUGUCCAGCCGUCGCAGGGUCCUGGCCCACAACAUCCUGGCUGAUCAGGGCAUCCACACCUACCGCAUGGGCAUGAACCACCUCUCAGACAUGACUGCAGAAGAAUAUGGCCAUCUCCUGGGUGACCUGACUCCUCUCAAUGUCACCAUACCCCCUCCUGAGGACCCUGUGAUGACCCUCAAGCCCCAAGCGGACUCCCCUCAACCGCUGCCUGAGUCUAUGGACUGGAGGAAAACUAACUGUGUGACUAACGUUAAAGACCAAGGCUACUGUGGAUCCUGCUGGGCCUUCAGUGCUACAGGUGCACUGGAGUCCCAUAUCUGCAUCAAAUAUCGUCGACUCUACUCUCUGAGUGAACAGCAGCUGGUGGACUGCAGUGGGAAGUAUGGAAACAAGGGCUGCGAUGGUGGGUACAAGGACAGAGCUUUCCAGUAUGUGAAAGACAACGGAGGGAUAGACUAUGAAGUAUACUAUCCUUAUGAGGCACGGGAUUCAACCUGCCGUUUUAAAUCUCGGUACAUUGGUGCCUACUGCCGAGGAUAUCAACGGCUGGCCUACAACAAUGAGCGUGCGUUGCAAGUGGCCCUGGCAAAGAUCGGUCCAGUGUCUGUUUCUGUGGAUGCCAGCCGUGACUCUUUCAUGCGCUACUCAUCUGGAGUGUACAAUGAUCCUGCAUGUAGCAGCUCGAAGACAGAUCAUGCCAUGCUGGCUGUGGGCUACGGCACUGAAAAUGGCCAAGAGUACUGGCUGGUGAAGAACAGUUGGGGUGUUGGCUGGGGAGAGAAAGGCUACAUCAAGAUGGCCAGGAACAAGAGGAACCAGUGCUGCAUCGCCUGCAAACCAGUUUACCCUCUAGUCUAGUCUAGUAGUCUAGUAGUCUAGUAGUCUAGUCUGACCAGGGGUCAGAGGGCAGGGAGACAGCAUUACUCACAGCAGUUAUGCUAGGACAUUUUGGAUGCCAGGUAAUCAUUCAGCCAAAAAAUCACAAGGUUAAAUUUGGA